AUGUUUCGAGCCUCGCUGGAGGCUGAGGCAGCCGCGCAGGACCAAGCCGAGAAGAAGGGCGUUUUGCAGUCUGUGCGAGUCGCGUCCGGCUUCGACCGGUGCCACAGGCUCCAGCAAGAGAAGGCGCUUUCUGAGGACGCCACCGUCUUCACUUACGACGAAAUCUUCGAGAGCGUCAGCUCCGCGGUGACGAAGGAGAAAGCCAAGCCGACGCAGCGCAUCUUCCUCGGGUACAAGACCGGCCUCGAAGAGCAGAAGGAGAUCGAGCAAGGCAGGGCGGCUGUAACGUACGCCACAGAACAGGACACAAGCGGCGGCGGAGACGAAGCAGAGGCGCUGCCCAAGGAGCGAGAGGAAGGUUCAUCUGCGCUGCCGGCGAAGCCGGGCGCGUCGAAAGACCGGUCUUUUGAGAAGUAUGGCGGCUCGCUGAACUGCGGACUGAAUCUCGCCGGCGCGAAGAAGCUCUUCCCCUCCAGGGGAAAGAGUGCAGGCGGCGACUCGGCCGCCGAAGGAGAGGGGCUGUCGCUGCCGCCCUCUCGGUUCAUUUCCAAGCUCGUUCUGAGCGCACGGCGGCGAGAGCUGGAGCGCGAGAUCAUCGAGGAGAGGCAGCUGCAGAAAGAGCGCGAGGGCGACAAAAACGACGAAGUGUUUGUGACCUCUGCCUACAAGCAGCGCCUCGAAGAGAGGCGUCUCUUGGCACUCGAGCUCGAAGAGCAGGAACGGCGAGACCGCGAAAACGCAGCAGACAAAAAGGCAGACUUGUCCUCUUUCCACGCCCACCUCCUCCGCGCCGGUCACGCCAGCCGCAGCGGCGCCGGCGUCCCUGCAGCAAGCGCGCAGCCGCCGCCCUCGGCGAAGGCAAGCGAGAGCGAGAGAGGCAAGCCGACGCCGGCGCCGCGGGGCGAGGGGGGUCGGCCAGGGUCCUCGGAGGAGACACCUGAGCGGCGCGCGGAGCCCGACAGAGAAGGCGAGGGGCGAACCGGCGCCCAAGCCCCGCGAGAGAGAGAGGACGCAGCAGCUGGCGGAGAAGUGCGUGGAAAGCGAAGUCGAGAGGAAGAGAGUGGGAGCAGCGAGAGCAAGGAGGGCGGAGACGAGGGCGCUGCGAUAGGCGACGGAGCUGCACAGCAAGCCGCGCGGCUGGAAGAGCUUCUGCAGCAGAGAAGGAGGGAGAAGCAACGCGAAAUCGAGCUAGCCGCGGCUCCGCUCGCGGAGGACAAACUCGCCGAAGCGAAGCGCAGAUACCUCGAAAGAAAGCGCAAGGCAGGAGGCGCGAACUAA